GUGUCACAUGACACGGUCUGAUCAGAGGGCACUUCUGCGCUGUAAGGAUCAACAGGCUUCUUGUAUCUGUGAACUGUAUCCAGAUCUGCAACAAAAAUCACCGAGUAUUUGUCUAGAGCGAGGGCGUUCUAGAUCCUGGAGUGAGAACAAAGAAGAAGUGAAGACAUGAAAUACACGAGCACCCGCGGAGGAGAGACCGGGGUGGAUUUCGAGAAGGUGCUUUUUUCUGGAUUUGCCGCAGAUGGGGGACUCUUUAUGCCAGAAGAAAUUCCAAAACUGGACGUCCAAGCCCUCCAGACAUGGAGAUCAUUGUCCUACAAGGAGCUCGUACAAGAAAUAUGUUCCAUGUUCAUUCCACCAGAGUCCGUUCCACGGAAGGAUCUUGAUGAUCUCAUUGACAAAGCCCUAGUUCGCUUCAGGCAUAAGGACAUCGUUCCUUUCCGCAGGCUGGAGAGUGGAUUAAAUGUCUUGGAGAUGUGGCACGGAGUGACUCACGCUUUUAAAGACCUUGCGAUGUCCUGCGUGGGGCAGUUUUUAAACUACUUUUUACAAAAAAAGAAGACGCACGUGAACAUUGUAGUCGGUACCUCCGGAGACACGGGGAGCGCAGCCAUCGAGGCUGUGAGAGGUAUAAAGAAUAUAGAUAUUAUUGUGCUGCUUCCCCAGGGACGCUGCACCAAAGUCCAAGAGCUCCAGAUGACAACAGUCAUUGAAGACAAUGUCCACGUAUUUGCGGUGGAUGGGACGUCUGAUGAGCUGGACGUGCCCAUUAAAAAACUCUUCGCCGAUGCAGCUUUCGUGAAAAAACACAACUUAAUGAGCACAAAUUCGGUCAACUGGGCGCGGGUGCUGGUACAGAUUGCCCACUUCUUCUACGCCUACUACCAAAGCGCCCCAUCCCCGGCCGGAGAAACGCUGCCCCUGGUGGAGAUCGUGGUACCUACAGGUGGAGCAGGAAACAUUACAGCCGGGUGUAUAGCACAGAAGAUGGGGCUUCCAAUCCGCCUCGUGGCUGCCGUGAACGACAAUGAUAUAAUUCACCGCACGAUCCAGCGUGGAGACUUCUCGUUGGGAGACACGGCAACCACCCUGGCGUCUGCCAUGGAUAUUCAAGAGCCCUAUAACAUGGAGAGAAUAUUCUGGCUGCUUGCUGAAUCUGAAAGAGCGGAGAUUAAGAAAAUGAUGGAAGAAUUCUCUGUGAAGAAGCGGAUGAAGUUACCAGGACAACUGCACCAAAAGGUUAUAGGAGCGAUGGCGUCCUGCUCUGUCGAUGAUGAAAGCAUACUUGGUGCUAUUAGACGUUGCUGGGAGGAGAAUCGGUACCUUCUGUGCCCGCAUUCUGCGGUCGCCGCUUCUUACCAUUACCAGCAGUCUGACAGCGGCCAGAACAGAUUACGAUGUUGUUUGGCGCCGGCCUCUGCAGCCAAAUUCCAGGACGUCAUCGCGAGGGCGAACCUCACCCCGGAGAUCCCCGAAGAGAUUCAAUCCUUAAUGGAGAUGGAGGCAAGAUCAACGCCUAUGAGGAAAGGAGACGAUUGGGAAAGGAUCUUACGGGACACAAUUGAAGCCAUAGACCAUAGAAGGCAACAGUGUUAGAACCUCAAGAACCAAAUUCAUUGAAAUUAAUUAGCUUUUUUAUCUUGUGCGUUGGUCGUUUCCAUCCGAAAGGCUUAGAAUCACAUCGAUUUAUAAAGAGUGUUUUUAAUGAAGUACAGAAGUGAUCAAAUGACCUCAUAUAGCAUAUGGCUCCUGAAUCUUGUAAUGAUGUCAUCAGGGGUCCACUUAAAAAAGUUAUUCACUCUACCCUAUUGCCCCAAAUAAUUUUCUGGAGGAACAUUUCUGCCUCGAUUUUCAGGCUUCCUCACCAAUAAUUCAUAUUUUCUUUCCAAUGAACCAUUGUGGAACUCCAAGGAUUGAUCCGAUAUUGUCUCGUGAUAAUGCCUGGCCAAUGUCCCCCAAGUUCAGGAUUUUGUACCAAAUAUAAUAUAACCGAGUUAUAACAUGCUAAUGGCUGGGCCAUCGCUGUAAUCUGAUGGGCAAAGUGACAGCACAAUCGGCGAGGGAUAUAAGUGCGCGGGAUAUGACUCUUAAACUUGACAAAGUCCACAGUCUCAGCUCAUAAGUGGCGAUCUCGUGCCGUGACACGAGGGCCAACCUGUUCUCUAUAUUCGGCACCAGCCGGCUGUCUCGUAAAAAUAAAAAGUGAGUCACGUUACUGCAGCUGGGCCGUGUGAGCUUCCCGCGGAGAUGUUCUGAAGCUUCAUCCAUCUGCACGACUGUAAAUAAAAAUGAGGGAUUCUC